AGUGAACAAGUCUUUUUCUCUUAAAUUGUUUAAUCUAAAUAAAAAGUUUUAAUAUGUCUGGUCGUGGUAAAGGUGGAAAAGUGAAGGGAAAGGCAAAGUCCCGCUCAAACCGUGCUGGGCUUCAAUUCCCUGUUGGUCGUAUCCAUCGUUUGCUCCGCAAGGGUAACUAUGCUGAGCGCGUCGGAGCUGGUGCCCCAGUUUAUUUGGCAGCUGUUAUGGAAUAUUUGGCGGCUGAAGUUUUGGAAUUGGCGGGAAAUGCUGCUCGUGACAACAAGAAGACAAGAAUCAUCCCCCGCCAUUUGCAAUUGGCCAUCCGUAAUGACGAGGAAUUGAACAAAUUGCUUUCUGGUGUAACAAUUGCUCAAGGUGGUGUUCUUCCCAAUAUCCAAGCUGUUUUGUUGCCAAAGAAAACCGAAAAGAGUGCCUAAAUUUGGUACCUAUUGUGCUGCAAAAACAAGAAACACAAAAAAAA